CAGACAGCUCUCUAGAUUAACCAAGGAUUGCCUUACUGUCGCUGGACCAAGGCAGCCAAGCCUAGCCUAGUGGCCCUGGAGCGUCUCCAGCACCAGGGUGGGGCCCAGAGGGAGCGCCCAGUCAGUCACCCCAGCAUGUGGGCGCGGCGGGGCGGGCCAGGGCUCUGAGCUGGACGCUGAGCUCCUUCUGGGCCCGAGUGUUUGUCCAGCCAGCCUGCCCCGGCUGGGUCUCAGCCUGUCCUCCCUUCUCUUCCUGGACAGCUGCCGGAGGCAAUCCGAAGGUGGCAGGUGCUUGGGCCACCUUGCUCGGGGUCCUGAGCAGGUUUGUCCACUGAACAGCAUUUACGAAAGAAACCACUCUGCUGAGUUCCGGUCCCAUCGGGUCAUUACUGCUGGGUGUUCCAGCCUCUGGGAAGGCCUGUGGAGGUGCCCAAGCGCCAGCCUGCUGAGAGCAAGUCGUUUCCAGAAGCCUCUGCUACAGGUGCAGAGGUUCUUGUGAUCAGCAACGAUGCUGAGACAGAUACUGGCGGAUAUGUUCAUAGACCCUGACCUGCUGGCGGAGCUCAGCGAAGAGCAGAAACAGAUCUUGUUCUACAAGAUGAGGGAGGAACAGAUCCGGCGGUGGAAAGAAAGAGAAGCCGCCAUGGAAAGAAAGGAGUCCUUGCCAGUGAAAUCCAGACCAAAGAAAGAGAAUGGCAAAUCUGUCCACUGGAAGCUGGGCGCUGAUAAGAAGGUGUGGGUUUGGGUGAUGGGCGAACACCAUCUAGACAAGCCCUAUGAUGUGCUGUGUGACGAGAUCCUGGCUGAGAGGGCGCGUCUGAGAGCAGCGCAGGACUCGGAGCUCAGGAAAGCCCAGUCUGUGGAAUUCACCAAUAGCUUGAGAACAAAGUCACAGAGCUGUGGUCAGCAGGCACUAGAGAAGCUGGAGCCACAGAAUGUCACCAGGAAAGCAGCGGCAGAAAAGACACCAGGGCAAGGACCCAGAGCAACACCGACCAAGAGUGAGGACAAAGCCCGUACUAAAGAGCCCGUCAAGAAAAAGGAAGAUGAAGAAGUAAAACAAACAGAGGAUGAAAAAGCCAAGCAGAUAUACAAGAGCUGGAAAGAGGAUUCAGAAUGGCAGGCAUCUUUGCGAAAAUCCAAGGCAGCCGAUGAGAAGAGGCGCUCCUUAGCCAAACAAGCACGGGAAGACUACAAGAGGCUAUCCCAAAGGGGAAGGAGUGGGGAGGGGCUGCAGAGCCCGUUGGCUGGCCCACAGAAGCCUAGAAGACCUCCUCUUCCCCCGAAGCCCCAGUUCCUACACCCACUAGGAAACCCUCCGAAGUCUGUAGGGAAUCAGGGAGUGAUAAGGACAGAGUCCAGCUCCACCCAGGAGGACAUCGUUCGAUGGUUCAAAGAGGAACAGCUGCCAUUCCGUGCAGGUUUCCAGAAAAACUCAGACACCAUCGCUCCCUGGUUCCACGGUGAGUACCAAGACCAUCUCUGUGGCAGAUCAGACAUGCUUGCUCCAAGAAAGACAAACAAUGAGGACUCCCCCGCCCCUUCUUCUUCGUGCUGUACUAAGAGUCUUGCGCAUUAUUCUCAUGAAGCAUUUUCUCAGUUCUUUCCAGAGGGCUGCUUUCUUGUGCCUACUUAG